AUGCUGUCCUUUGCCAUGCCAGGCACGACGGCCAGUCUGCUCGUCGCGGCCAUCAUUGUCGCCGUAUAUGCUCUCUACCGCGCCGCGCUACCCAAGCCCAUCCCCGGCAUCCCAUACGAUGCCGCCUCAUCGCAUAGGCUGCUCGGCAAUGUGCCAGACAUGCUUGCGAACAUCAAGAAGAGCGAGGGCACCUUUAUCACCUACGUGACCGACCUCAUGGACUCGCUCAACUCGCCCAUCAUCCAGGUCUUCAUCCGGCCCUUUGGCAAGCCGCUUGUUAUUCUGGCCGAUUUCCGCGAGGCUCACGACCUGAUGACCCGCCGGAAAGAAUUUGAUCGAUCAGACGUCGUGGGCGACCUGUUCCUCGGCGUCGCGCCAAACCACCACAUCCGCCAAAAGACGAAUGACACCUUUAAGGCCCAGCGUCGUCUCAUCCAGGACCUCAUGACGCCCACUUUCCUGCACGACGUCGCCGCCCCUGCCAUUCUGAAGAAAGUCAACUUGCUCAUGGACCUUUGGCGUGUCAAAGCGCGCGCUGCUCGUGGGCAUCCUUGGGUGGCCAACGCCGACCUCAACCACAUGUCGCUCGAUGCCAUUAGCGCCUUUGCAUUCGGCGCCGGCUUUCAGCACAGUGCUGUACAGCCUGAUCUUGACGCAGUCAUGGCGCAGGACUACAACCUCCCCGCCAGCAAGGAUGAACCUAUCGUUUUCGCCAAAGGCCAGAAAGACCAGCUUCUGCAGUCCAUCCUGGACCUGACACAUACGAUUGGCGAAGUACAAGGCAACCCGUCGCCGCGACUGACAUGGGCGUAUGUGAUGCGCAAGCCCAAGAUCAAGAAAGCGGCCAAGAGCAAAGACGACUGUCUCAAGCGAGAGCUCCAGGACGCCGUCAAGCGUUUCCAAAACGGAAACGACCAGGAUGUAAAACUGCGCUCUGCAGUCGACCGAAUGAUUCUGAACGAGAAAGAUUUGGCUGAAAAGGACGGACGCUCGCCCGAGUACUUCUCAGGCGUGAUGAUUGACGAGGUAUAUUGCCCCCCUGGAGAGUCCAGCGAGCUGGAACUGACAACCGUGCAGCUCUUUGGGUUCAUCUUCGCAGGCCACGAAACGACCAGCACCGCGCUCUGCUGGGGUCUGAAAUUCCUGGCCGACAAUAGAGACACACAGGAUAGGCUGCGUGAGGCGCUCUGGACAUCGUUUGCCACGGCAAAGGAGCAAGCCCGUGAACCGACAAUUGAAGAGAUCACCGGCGCGCGGGUCCCCUAUCUCGAGGCGACGAUGGAGGAAAUCUUGCGCUGUGCGGGCGCCGCUUCGUUUGUCGAUCGGCAGGCCAUGGUCGAUACCCAGCUCCUCGGCUAUGGCAUUCCCAAGGGCACCAGCGUCACCACUCUGGUGACCGGCGCCUCCAUGAUGCGUCCUGCCUUUCAGGUGGAUGAGGCCCGGCGCUCAGCGUCUAGUCAGUCGGCCAAGAAAAACGGGCACGACCGGGCAUGGGAUCCCAGCGACAUAUCAAGCUUCAAGCCCGAGCGCUGGCUCGCGACAAGUGAAAAGGGCACGACGUUCGAUGCGACGGCGGGACCCCAGCUCGCCUUCGGACUGGGCACGCGCGGAUGCUAUGGGAAGAGACUGGCGUACGUGGAGAUUAAGAUUUUCCUGACCGUGAUGAUAUGGAACUUUGAGCUCUUGAAGUGUCCUCCGGCGCUUUCGGGGUACAAAUCAAACCUAUACAUGACGCAUGAGCCACGAAGCUGCUACGUGCGUCUGCGGGAGGUUGGCCCAGUGGAUGCUUAG